AUGGAGUCACCGGCUGCCGUGAAAGCGCAGAGAGUGAUCUACGUUACCUACGUUAUCGCCGCUUUGGACAUUACAUGGCUUUUCCUGCAGUUCUCCAUAACGCCGUACUUGGCGAAGAGACUUGGUUUUGAUACGCUUUGGUUUGGUUAUCUGCAAACCACUGUCGGCGUAAUACAGUUGUUGGGCGGCCCCAUAUUUGGCAGGUUUGCGGACCUGUUUGGAGCGCGAGCGGCCCUGUCUCUGUCCUGUAUGGCCUCUGUCGUCUAUUUCCUUCUGUUAGCCAUGACAGACAGUGCUCUCAUGCUCUUUAUUCACAAGCUGCCUGCUGUCUUCAUGCAUGUUUUACCAGGGGCCCAGAUGGUUGUGACAGACUUGUCUACCGAGGAGAAGCGUGCUGAUGGUCUGGCCAAACUGGGGCUUUGCUUUGGCAUUGGAAUGAUCACUGGAUCCUCACUGGGUGGAAUGCUAAGCACACGUUAUGGGGAGACGUGUGCUGCUCUCGUGGCUGCUGGGGGCAGUGUGGUCAGCCUGCUGCUGGUGCUGAAAUUUAUCCCCAAACACACCAAGACGCUCACCGCACAGGAGCAGACUGCCAAGAAAUCUGUCUUUAAUCUGGGUGAGAUUACGAGGCUGAUGAAGUUUCCUGGUGUUGCAAAGACGUUUACAGUGAAGUUUGUCUCAGGAUUGCCCUCAGGUGUCUUUCAGGUCAUGUUCUCUGUCAUUGCCAUAAAUUUCUUCCAGCUGACGGCGGAGCAGAAUGGCUAUCUGAUGGCAUACUUUGGCGUCAUGCAGAUGUUCAUCCAGGGAGCAGUGAUUGGUCCCCUGACUGCGCGAUACUCUGAGAACGCUCUGCUUCUGUUCUCCGUGGCCCUCACCAGCUUCGUGGGUCUCACACAGGCUCUGGUCGGCAACAUUUUUCAGUUCUGCUUCAUCAUCCCUCCCAUGAUGCUGGCGCUGUCCGUCUUUAACGUGGUCACAGACAGCAUGCUGACCAAGAGCGUUCCCUCCUCAGAUACCGGCACCAUGCUGGGGUUGUGUGCCUCUGUCCAAUCCCUCCUGCGGACUGUCGGUCCCACCAUCGGAGGCUUCCUCUACGAGAACUACGGCGUGGCCUCGUUCGGAUACAUCCAGUUCACAGUUAACGCUGUGGUUUUCACUGUGCUUUUCCAAAGCGUGACGGAGAGCACGGAACACAGAGACUGAGUGCCACGAGAAAGGAUGAGAGAUCAGAGAAGAACCAGCUACGCUUGGGUUCGGACGCACCAGAGAGCCAAGGUCCCAAACAUAAGGCCGAUUCUAAAAUAAUCACCGGGUACGCUGGCUUCUCUAUGGUCGACUCACAGUGUGUUGGUUGGGUACUGGUCUGUCCUUUUGGCUAAAUGUACUAAAAUAUUUCAGUCAGAGUCAUUGAUACAAAGUAUCCAAACUUAAACAGAUACCUUGUACGUUUUGAGGUAUCCAGGAUGUUUUGGUAUGUUUUAUAAUGGUAAUUACUGUAAAUAAUAGUAUUUUAGUACACUGACAAUUUUGUAUGUGAUUAACACUCGUCAGGGUAAAUACAAUUAUUAAAAAGUACAGUAAAAUAGCUCGCUCUCAUACGUCACUGCAGCACUGUGAGUGUUGAUAAAAUGUAAAAGAAUUCUGGAAUUUUCAGGAAGUUCUGCUCUGGGAAUCAGUAGUUGCAAAUUUGCUGGUUUUUGUUUGGGUGACUAUGGCAGUGAUAAACUAAUAUUAUUUGGUUAAAUAUGGAGAAACAAACCAUCCCAUACUGCACUACACUGUAUUUUAUCACUAUGUUUUUACCACACCUCUGUUUCUUCUCUGUUUAGCAGUGUAAUGUUAAACUAGUACCAGUACCAACAGAUUUGUUGGUACUGGUCUAUGGAGGAGACUCCUCACACGCUUGUGACUCUUCUGUGUACGCAGACAUUAUUUUUCUCCACAUAUUAUUAUUAUUAUUAGUGUUAGUUAGUCAUCCCAAAAACGUUACAGUGCUCUUAUUAUUAUUAUUAUUAUUAUUGUUAUUGUUAUUAUAUUAUUAUUAUUAUUAUUAUUAUUAUUGUUAGUGGUCAAAGGCAUCCCAAUAACUUUACAGUGCUCUUAUUGUGACACUAAUCCACUAUUGUUUCUCCAUAUUAAUAGUGAUCUUCAUGACAAAUGAUACCGUGAGGUAAAUGUCUGUGGUGAAAUGUAAUGAUAAAUAUUGCCUAAUGAAAAUCAGUCAAAAGCCAGGGUAUUGCAAGGCAGGCUUAUCCAACUCACACACACACACACACACACACACACCUCAGUUACUGUAUAUGACCUCUUCAGAACUGUCAAAGCUUCCCACAACUCCACCAGUUUUAAAAUGUUUGUAUUUUGAAAUAUUUUGUGGCAUUAUCGAUAAUUAAGGACAAUCGGAAAUACUGACAUCAGAAUUUCUUCUUUGGACUUGACUGUACGUAGCGCACAUUCCAAGAAUAAAAAAAAUACAUGUGAUAAACUGA